AUGCCCCGCCCCUGCAGGGAGCCCGGCAAAGGGGAGAGGAAGGGGGCUCAGCGUCGCCUGUCACGGAGCCACACCGCCCCUCGGACCACCACGGCGCAUGCGCAUCUACACCAAACCCACCCCCUCCCUGCCUCUUCGCCUCAACCUCACUUCGCGAACGAGAACAGCAACCCCCUCCCGACCAUCCAACCGCGGCACGCACCGCUCUUGCCUUGUCCGCACGCCCUGCAGCCAAUCGCAACACUGCGCGCGCGCCGCUGCCCGCCACGCCCCCUUUCCCUCCCUCCCUCCAUUCCCCCCUCCCGCGCGCCUGCCAUCCCAACCGACACCCUCGCGUGCCGCUGCCUUAUUUCGCCAAGCAGCGCGCGCGCACACACGCCCCCUGAGCCCCUAUUGUGCUUUUUGAUCUCACCGAGACUAGAGUCCCCUCCCGUCCCGAGCCCCCGUCUCUCCGGGAGGGAGGGGCGCCCGUUGUUCUUGGCUCGUCUGGCGCCCGUUUGUCCUUCCUUCCGCUCUGAGGGAAGGAGGGAGGACGGGAGGGAGGCGGGCUCGAGCCGUGGCCAGAAUCCCCGCCUUCGCCUGCACUUCAGGAGGCUCCUGGGCGGAAAUGACGUCGCCUCAUUCGGAGUGGAACUACUGUCCGCCGAACUCGCUAGGGGACUCAACAGUCCCAACUGCUUGGAGACUUCUGUGCCCGGUCUUUGGCCAAUGAGGGCGCAAGUGGCGACAAAGGCUUAAUGGAUGGAGCCUGGCAGGCGGAAGGGGUUUGCUUCGGAUCAAAGCCACUCCUCUUCCUGCAGCUGGACUCACGCGGGGUUGGGAGCCGUGGAAACGGAGGAAACUCUUGGCCAUGGCCG